AUGUUAAGGGUGCACGUGGAAGCGAGAGGAGACUCGCGUGUGGCCGUGCCUCGGGGACCGCUCCAGGGGGCGGGGCCCGAGUGCCCGCCCCUCGGGGAGGGAGGAAGUGGAGGGGGCACCUCGCGAGGGGCGAGCUCCGGCGGCUGGGGAGCGGCGCGGCAGUCCCUGCGAGAGAGCGGCAGGCGACGUGAUCGGCGCACCGACACGACGGCGGCGCCGUGGGGCGCGCUGCCCCUGGGUCCGGGCCCCGGCGACCUGGACCCCGUGUGGGGGCGGCACAAGCUGUACGCGGCGGCGGCGGCGGCGACGCCCGGGGCCGCGGGCCGCGUCAUGUUCGGCCUGGAGGCGGCGGGCGCCGGCGGGCCGCUGCACCACCACCACCACGCGGCGGCGGCGCAUCACCACCACCACCACCACCACCCGCAGGCGCCGCGCGCGCCCAAGGAGGAGCCCCUGACGGGCUCGCAGCUGCACGCGGCGGCGCGCGCCUGGAUGCAGGCGCCCGGCCCCGUGGUCGACCAGAGCAGUGUGGGCAUCGGGCGCGCGCAUUUCGAGAAGCAGCCGCCCAGCAACCUGCGCAAGUCCAACUUCUUCCACUUCGUGAUCGCGCUGUACGACCGCGCGGGCCAGCCCGUGGAGAUCGAGCGGACCGCCUUCAUCGGCUUCAUCGAGAAGGACCAGGAGACUGAAGGUCAGAAGACGAACAACGGCAUCCAGUACAGGUUGCAGCUUCUCUACGCCAACGGUGUGCGACAGGAGCAAGACAUCUACGUCAGGCUGAUCGAUUCCGUCACUAAACAGGCCAUCAUGUACGAGGGGCAGGACAAGAACCCGGAGAUGUGUCGGGUGCUGCUGACCCACGAGGUGAUGUGCAGCCGGUGCUGCGACAAGAAGAGUUGCGGCAAUAGGAACGAAACACCUUCUGACCCCGUCAUCAUCGACAGGUUUUUUCUCAAGUUCUUCCUGAAGUGCAACCAGAACUGCCUGAAGAACGCGGGCAACCCCAGGGACAUGCGGAGGUUCCAGGUGGUGAUCUCCACGCAGGUGGGCGUGGACGGCCCGCUGCUCGCCAUCUCGGACAACAUGUUCGUGCACAACAACUCCAAGCACGGGCGGCGCGCGAAGCGACUCGACCCCGCCGAAGGCUUGUACCCUCCCCUUCCCGUAGCCACCCCGUGCAUCAAGGCCAUCAGCCCCAGCGAGGGGUGGACGUCGGGCGGCUCCACCGUCAUCAUCAUCGGCGACAACUUCUUCGACGGCCUGCAGGUGGUGUUCGGCACCAUGCUGGUGUGGAGCGAGCUGAUCACGUCGCACGCGAUACGGGUGCAGACGCCGCCGCGACACAUCCCGGGCGUCGUCGAGGUGACGCUGUCCUACAAGUCCAAGCAGUUCUGCAAGGGCGCGCCGGGGAGGUUCGUCUACGUGUCGCUGAACGAGCCGACCAUCGACUACGGCUUCCAGCGGCUCCAGAAGCUCAUCCCGAGGCAUCCCGGCGACCCGGAGAAGCUCCCGAAGGAGAUCAUCCUGAAGCGGGCGGCCGACCUGGCGGAGGCGCUGUACAGCAUGCCGCGCAACAACCAGCUGGCGCUGUCGGCGCCGCGCUCGCCCUCCAUGCCCAACAACGGCAUGGGCGCCGGCUUCAACACGUACACGGGCCAGCUGGCGGUCAGCGUGCAGGAGAGCGGAAACGGUCAGUGGACUGAAGAGGAGUACGGCCGGGGGCAGAGCAGUAGUGUGUCGCCGCGCGGAGGCGGCUACGGCUCCAGCGCGUCCACGCCACACUCGUCCAACGGCGGCGGCUCGUACGUGGCGGGCGCCGGCUCCGCCUCCGCCAUGAACGGCAGCUACAGCUCCGCCGCAGGCGUUGGCAGUCUUGUGUCGUCGCCGUUCGCUACGAUGAACCCGUUCGCCCUACCGACGUGCAACUCUCAGACGUACGGAUCGACUCCUCUACUUAGUUCGGGAAAGUAA